UAAAGCUUGUUCACGCGGUGGGGUAGUAGUAUAAAUUGAAGGAAAAACUGUCUGGCCGUCACUUCACCUUGUCUCGGCCGUGCUAAGAGCCGAUUUGGAUUUACUUUGUUUUUCAAACCAAAGUUUGUAUUCUUGGUAGCAUUGCAAGGAUAAAGCAUGAGGAUCUCAAUAUUCCUACUUUUCGUGCUGUUGGCAGCUGUUACUGCUAAAAAGUCUCGUUCUAAACACCACAACACUGGAAUGCAGAAACAUGGGCCGACAGCGGAGGACGAAGAUUUUGCAAAGGAUCCAAAAGGAGAAGUUAUGGAAAGGGGCGACGAUGAAGAUGAUGAUGAUGAAGAUGUAAAAAGGUCAAAAGUUUCAGAGAUCAGCUCCAGCAGAGAGGCCUUGAAAAGAGCAAGAGCAGAAAAACGUCGUCGGCGAAAGCAGCUCGGAAAGAAUAGCCGUAGGAAAGGACGCAAGGAUCGAAAGGGCAAAAGAAAGGGGAAAGGCAAUCGCAACAGGAAGCUGAUUAUGGGGCUUAAAGGUUCCCCUUAUGCCAACCCUGCGCAGGUCCAGUGCGACCCCAAUCCGUCAGUGUCCUUUGCCGAGUGUUUUAUGGGGUACAAGACAUGGAGCGGAGGUCGAGAUGCCAGUAAUGUCAGCCUCUGGCUACAGCAGGGUCUCAGGAAUAACGACCAGCAGCUUUUUGAAGAGAUGUGCACCACCAUCUCCACACUGGACGCUUGUAUGGAAACCACGGUGUCGCUGUGUGGACUGAAGCCGCUGACAGAAUUCUAUCAAAUGUGGCGGAGUUAUGAUCCUUUAGCAGUGCGCUUUGACAGGAUGUGCAGUGACGCUGCUCUGAUACCUCUGUACAAAGCUGUGUUGCCUUCGCACAAUCUGAAUGAGUGCAGCGCCGAAGGAUCAGAAUUUGAUUCCACACUGAUGAAGGUUACAUUCCCUUUCUGGUCAAAGGUGUUCAAAUUUGAUUGGCAACGCGUCACGAAGGAAAGCAGCACGGAGCUUUGUGGAAUAUAUGAACAAGCCGUGGAAGCGGUCAAGAUGGUGUUUUCAGAUAUGACCAACAACUGUACUGACCUGACCAGCCAGACCUAUCCUUGUGGUCUUGUCUUCAGUGUUCCUGGUAGAAUAGAGUCCAUUUGCCAAAUGGAGAAAUGCUUGAAUUUAUCCUCUCCAAAACCGGGGCCAAGCAACCCAAUGAUCAAGAGGUUUACGGUUGGAGCUUUUGGCGUAUCUCAUCUCAAAAUGAUGGGGGUGGAACGGUCUCAGUUCUGUCCACGGGCCGGGCGGGUGCAGUACAUGACCAACCAGUUUUUCACCAUAGAAGGUUACAACAUGGUGAUUGAUAAGAAAACGGGGGCUUCCGUAAUCGUUAGCUUAAACAUGACGUUUUACGAAAACGGCAGCAACCCAGUGGCCACAUACCUGGCGCGUGGACAACUGCCCGACACCUUCCUAGACGGGAGUAGAGAAAUCACAAUAGGUCUUAGCAGACUGGUGAUCGAGAGCAGUGGACCCAAGCUACCUAUGAAGCGCGUUAUGAUCCGUGACACGGUGACAGGGAUGUACAUCGCGUUCAGGGUGUACAAGGGAACUCUUUCGUUCUUAGUGAGAGCGCCGAAGUGGGUAUUUUUAUCCUCCAAGGGCUUGGUUCUUGAAGGCUGCGCCAACAAUGAAAAGCCAACUCAAGGAAAGAAAAAAGUCCGCCGAGACGUUGAAGAUCAGAUUUUAAAAAGUUGUGUUGAUGUGUGUGGGAACAGAUAUGAUAUGUAUACGUGUAUGGACAGAUGUUUUACGGAAAACUUGAAACCAGUUCGGAUUCCAGAGAAGCACAACAUGAACAGUGCUGCCUCGCCUUGGUACAAAACACCCGUUGAAACAAUCCUUGGUGUUUUCACAAAGUUGAGAUCAUAGACUUGCUAUUAACAACCAAAAGAUAAACUCAAGUUCCAUUCCAAAUUCAGUUCGCUUUAAAUUAUGUUUAUACACGUAAAACCUUGUCUCCUAACGGGUACCAUGGGAGAAAACGUCAUAAAAUAAUUACCACAAGGACUACAAUUUUAUAGAAGUGCGGUUUCUGAAUGUAUAUUGUAUAGUUGAUGGAUUUCAGUAUGAAUAUGUAAUUAGGUUUUUUAAUAUAUAAGUUUUGAUAUAGACUUAUAUGUGCGCCUUUUUGUACAUUUGCCGGUGAUAUAGACAUAAUGCACUGACACACGCCAGUCUUUACUGAAAUACAAGGGGUAUAUUUGGAACAUAGAUAGCUAAUUCUGUGUACAGGUGGUCAUCAAGAAAUAUAAAAACCGGAGAAAGAUCAAAUGCUGAAUGACAUUGCACAAGAUUUCAUGUUUCCGAUAAAUAAGUAACAAAAAUUGAGACAUGAAAAGACUAAAGUGCAAAUAGUUUAGAGCCAUUGUCUGGCCCUAGGUGGAAUAUGCCUUGAAGUGAUGCAAAUUGAACUACACUGUCAAUAAAUUAUAUGCAUGUCAAAAGUAUCAACGCCCCAUUUAAAAGACAUUGUCUGAUCAUCAU